UACCCUGGUACAGUCGGCCUGUCGGUCAGUGCUCAUCCAGUGCUGCUUCGCGUGGAUCCAGGCGGCCGGGCCGAAGACGCGAUGCCGAUCUGCGCGCCGUCGUCGGACUCCUCGGCCUCGGGAGGCCGCGCGUGGAUCGUCCACGGGCUGGCGCUCGGCACGGCGGCGGCGGCUGCGGCGGCCGCGGCAUACCUGUACCGGCGGCCGGGCGGGUUCCGCAGCCGCGCGGUGGGCAUCAUACCCGCGCGAUUCGCCUCCUCCCGCUUCGAGGGCAAGCCGCUCGCGCUCAUUCUCGGCAAGCCAAUGAUCCAGAGAACAUGGGAAAGAGUUAUGUUAGCUUCUUCUUUGGACCAUGUUGUUGUGGCAACGGAUGAUGAAAGAAUUGCGGAAUGUUGUAGAGGAUUUGGAGCUGAUGUUAUCAUGACAUCAGAAUCAUGCAAAAAUGGAUCUGAACGCUGCUGUGAAGCGCUUAAAAAGCUUGAGAAACAUUAUGAUAUUGUCGUCAAUAUUCAAGGAGAUGAGCCUCUUAUUGAACCAGAGAUAAUAGACGGUGUGGUUAUGGCACUGCAGCGAGCUCCUGAUGCAGUCUUCAGCACGGCUGUUACUUCACUGAAACCUGAAGAUGCAUUCGAUACAAAUCGAGUGAAGUGUGUUGUGGAUAAUCAGGGCUACGCAAUAUACUUCUCAAGAGGGCUUAUCCCAUUUAAUAAAUCAGGGAAAGUCAAUCCUAAAUAUCCAUAUCUUCUUCAUCUGGGAAUUGCGGGUUUUGAUUCAAAGUUUCUGAAGAUCUAUCCAGAACUUUCACCAACUCCAUUACAACUGGAAGAGGACCUGGAGCAACUUAAAGUUCUUGAAAAUGGCUAUAGGAUGAAGGUAAUCAAAGUGGACCACGAUGCCCAUGGUGUGGAUGCACCUGAGGAUGUCAAGAAAAUAGAAGCAUUGAUGCGAGCAGCAAACAUUCAGUAGCAAAUGGAGUUAAAGGCUCAGUUUCGAAUUGACAUCGGCAUAAGCUCGGUUAGGUAUUUUGGUCUGCUUACAUUCCUGAAGAUAGCAUGAUGGUAAGCUGUUGAGUUGAUCAGUUCAGUUGCUGUUUGUGUGUGCGUUGGCUCCCACAUGUCUCUGUAUUUGUGUUCGUACGACAGCGUUUCAGGGAGUGGCCAAAUUUCCUUGGUCCAGUCAAUGUAAUUAUUAGAUAUAUGAAUCAGUUCCUGAAGUUUGUGCUAGGCUGCUAGCUAAACCUUGAAUAAGAGCACAUGUUCAUUGUCA